ACCCAUCUAUCUACUCCAGACAUUAAAGCUGCUGCACCUUCUGAUCAGCCUUCAAAUCAUCUCAGAUCCUCUUUACUGCCUGACCUAAAACUGACCAAAGACUAAAAGCUGACCAUGGCUCUGCUGACUCAUGUUCUAGCCUGCCUGUUUGGGAUGGGCUCUUGGGUGACCAUCUGUGGGCUUUGGGUUGAGUUGCCCCUUAUCGUUCCUCAGGUUCCUGAAGGCUGGUACCUGCCCUCGUACCUCUCGGUCCUGAUCCAGGUGGCUAACGUCGGACCGCUGUUCGUCACCCUGAUGCACAGAUUCCGGCCGGGAAAGCUUAGCGAAGUUUCUGUCGUCUACUUCAUCGUCAGUUUCGGGUUUAUAGCGAGUCUUCUUCUGGGUUUCUUCUGGAAGGAGACGUUGGAGGUGCAGGGAAUUGAGAGGAGUGUUCCUUUACUGCUGCUGACCUUCUUCAUCUCCGUGGUGGACUGUACCUCGUCUGUAACCUUCCUGCCCUUCAUGAUGCGUCUGAGACCGGAGUAUCUCACCACGUAUUACGUGGGAGAAGGUUUGAGUGGGCUUGUUCCAGCUGUAGUGGCUCUAAUUCAGGGAGUGGGCGUCAUGCAGUGCGUGAACGGCACUCUGUACUCGAAUCGUAACGAAACCAUGCAGCUCCAGGGUAAGAACGUAUCUGAGGAACCUGUAGACCACCUCAUACCACACUACCUUCCAGCCAACUUCUCAGCCGAGGCCUUCUUUUUCUUCUUGGCGGCCAUGAUGCUUGUUUGCUUGGUGGCUUUCCUUCUUUUGAAUCAUCUUCCCUCCGUAACUCGCGAACGCCUGAACCACCGAACCCGUAGGAACGUCUCCAGAGCCUCGGAAGAAAAGAACAAGAGAAACCUGGAGCAGAAACCUAUGAUGAAAUCCAUAUCCUUAAACGGUGUGAAGAAGAGUAUCAGCAGCAGCACCAGGUUUGGAUCAGGAACCUACAGCUGGGCUCAAGUGGUCUACAUCUUCUUUAUCCUGGCCUGGGCAAACGCCCUCACCAACUCAGUGCUGCCAUCCAUCCAGUCCUACUCAUGCCUACCUUACGGAAACCAGGCGUAUCAUUGGUCGGCUACUAUGGCCUCAGUAGCGAAUCCUUUAGCCUGCUUCAUUGCCAUGUUCUACUCUCAAAGGUCACUGGUUCUGAUGGGGCUCCUGACUGCUUUCGGUUCUGUUUUUGGGGUUUAUAUUAUGGGGAUGGCAGUUCUGAGCCCCUGUCCCUUCCUGGUGGACCACGUCGCUGGAGUUGUUUUAAUAGUGGUGGCCUGGACCUGCUUUGUCCUCACUCUGUCGUAUGUGAAGGUGAUGGUGGCGGUGAUCCUGCGUGAUGAGGGUCACAGCGCUCUGCUGUGGUGUGGAGCGGUAGUGCAGCUGGGUUCGAUGCUGGGGGCUGUAAUAAUGUUUCCUCUAGUGAAUAUUUACAGCUUAUUCUCCUCAGGGGAUCCCUGUAACACAACAUGCUGAUAUGAAUCAUGUUCUCCUGUACAAAACAUGUAAAAAGAAAAAUGUGUAGUUUUUUGAGAGUUAGACAGUAUGUGAAUUUAGUUUUUUUCAGAUAGUAGUAAUAAUAAUUAUUAUAAUAAUGUAGUGUAGUGUAGUAUAGUAAUGUACCAUGUAUUUAGUGUGCUGAAAUGUUUUUUUUUUAUGUCCCUAA